UUGAUCUAUGUCAACCGGUCCGCCGUGGUGACCGGCGGCGCCAGCGGCAUCGGGCGAGAGGUUGCGCGCGCCUUGGCAGAGCGCGGCGCUGCGGUCGCGGUAGCCGAUAUCAACCUGGAGGGCGCCGAGCAGGUCGCCGCGGCGCUCGUGCAGGGCGGCGCAAAGGCGGAGGCCAUCGCCUGCGACGUGAGCCGGCCCGAGCAGGCGGACGCGAUGAUCGCCCGGGCAAUUGAGGCGUUCGGCAAAGUCGAUAUCCUCGUGCACAGCGCCGGUGUCGGCGUCGAGCGCAGCUUCCUCGACACCACGCCGGAGGAAUGGCAGCGCAUCCUCGACAUCGAUCUCUCCGGCACGUUCUUUUGCGGCCAGGCGGCGGCGCGCCACAUGGUCGAGCGCGGCUACGGCCGCAUCGUCAAUCUCGCGUCGACCGCCGGCGUGCGCGGCGGCACCGGGCGCGCGGCCUACGGCACCGCCAAGGGCGGCGUCAUCGCGCUCACCAAGGUGAUGGCGGUCGAGCUUGCGCCUCACGGCAUUACCGUGAAUGCGCUGGCGCCCGGCGCGAUCGAGACCGAGCUGGUGGCGAAGAUGCACUCGGCCGAGACGCGGACGGUCUACCGCGCCGCCAUUCCGCUCGAUCGCUACGGCACGCCGGAGGAGACCGCAGCCGCGGCGCUCUUCCUCGCAAGCGAGGAGGCCCGCUACGUCACCGGCCACGUGCUCGCGGUCGAUGGCGGCUUCCUCGCGGCAGGGGUGAUGCACCGCCGAUAG